AUGGUAACUGAUAUUCAGUAUCCUGCUCGCAGAACAGAACAAGAUCGUAGAAUGCUCAGCCGCAAUUUUCCGGCAAGAUCAUCAGUUGUAUUCAUACCUACAAUCCUCAUCUUCUCCAUCCUCUUCCAAAUCGGAGAAUCCAAUGACAAUUCACAGGAGGUGACAUGCAGUACAACAUGUGUGGCUCAGAAUUGUGAUACCAUUGGGAUAAGAUAUGGUAAGUAUUGUGGAGUUGGAUGGUCAGGAUGUCCCGGUGAGAAGCCUUGUGAUGACCUCGAUGCUUGUUGUAAGGUUCACGAUGAUUGUGUUGGACAAAAAGGCAUGAAUAACGUAGAAUGCCAUCAGAACUUCAGGCACUGCAUAAAGAAAGUACAAAAAUCUGAAAAGCGUGGGUUUUCGGAAGUGUGUCCUGUUGAUGUGGUUGUGCCUACAAUGGAUCAGGGUAUGGAAAUUGCUAUUAUGUUUAGCGAGUUUGGUAAUUCCAAGCUUGAACUUUGA